AUGAUUAAAAAAAAAAACAGAGCUAUAUUUCUACCGACUAAUAUUCCGAAAUUACAAAAUUUAAUAAAAAAAGACCCAGAAUCCUAUAGAGAAGAUUUUUUCAUACAAUGGAGACAUUAUGAAGCAAUGAGAGAUAUUUUCAUAGAAAAUACAAAUGAAAAAAACGAGGAUUUUUUAAAUCUUAUUAUAUUUAUAUCUCAAAUGUGCUCAUGCUUUCCUAAAGAAACAGAGAAAUUUCCAAACGAUAUGGCUACAUUAUUAUUGAAUUUUAAAAAUAAUCUACACAGCGAAACUAAGGAAAAGAUCAUUCAAGCUCUAGUUCUUUUAAGGAAUAAAAAUAUAAUAUCUUCCGCUUAUUUACUUAAAAUUAUUUUUCCUGUUUUAUCUUCGUCUAACACUAAAUCGCUUCAUAUGCGAAUAUUUGCAGUAAUCUUAUCAGAGAUAAAAAAUGCAAAUCUUAAAUCAUGCAAUAACAAAAUAAAUAAAAUGGGGAAAACAAUCUUAUAUGAAAUAAUUCAGAAAAAUAAAGAUGAAUCGUUUUUUGGAUUCUGGGCUGUCAAACUCUGCCAAAAAUUAUGGAAUUUAAAAUUAUGGAACGAUACGUUUACAGUAGAAAUCAUGAAAGAAGCUGUAUUACACCCUAAUACCAAAAUAAUGAUAGCAGCAAUCAAUUUUUUUCUAAGUAUCGAUAAUUCAUCAGAUGACAGUGAUAAUAGUGAAGAAAAUAACCAAAAAAAUAUAAAUAAUCUUAAUCACAAGUUAUCUAUAAAUAAAAAAAAUAAAAGAAAAAUGAAAAAGAUUUCAAAGACUAAUAUAAGAAAGAAACGCAAUAAAAAAAAAAAAUCUAUAUUAAAGAAUUUUAGUGCUAUUGAACUAUUACAAGAUCCUCAAGGAUUUGCCGAAAAAAUAUUUUCCAAAUAUUUUUCAAAAAAAAAUUCUCAUCUUAUUUUAAAACAUAAAUUACUAUUAUUACAACUAUUAACUAAUUUAAUCAAUGCACACAAACUUAAUAUCUUAGGAAUAUACACUCUUUUAUUAAAAUACCUCAAUCCAAAUCAAAAAAAUGUUACACAUUUUAUUACAUGUACUGCUCAAGCUUGUCAUGAACUUAUCCCUCCAGACGAUAUUGAACCUAUAAUUGAAAAAAUAGCAGCAGAAUUUGUUAUUGAUAGUGUUGGAUCAGAAAUAGUCGCUUUAGGACUAAACGGUAUAAGAGCUAUUUGUUCUAAACAACCUUUAGCAAUAAAGAAGGAGCUUCUUCAAAGUCUUUCAAAAUACAAGAAAAGCAAAUAUAAAGAUGUAAUGUUAGCUGCUAGAAGUUUGAUAAAAUUAUAUCGUGAAGUUGCACCAGAAUUACUCGAAAAGAAAGAUAGAGGAAAAACCACUAAUAUAUCUCUAAAUAAAAGAAAAUCCUUAAAGUUUGGAGAAGGACAAGAUAUUCAGAAAAGUAUUGAAAGACUAAAAUUAUUAGAAGAAUGGAUAAAAAAAAACAAAUAUAACGUAAAUAACUAUAAUACAAAUAGAGAAAAUGACAUAAAAGAACAAAUGAAUAAAAGAAAUAUAAUUAUAGAUACAGAAGAACAAGCUAAUACUGAAACAAAACUAUCAAAAUAUACAAAUAAUAAUGAAGAUAUGUCUAAAAAUAAUUUCCAAAGGAUAGCAAUUAAAAAAAAUACUAAUAACCCUCAUGAUUUGGCUAUUUCUACGAUUUUUACUCUUGAUUUUUCGGAACUUCAAGAACUUAAAGAGCAAAAAAAUAUAUCAAUCAAUAAAAACCAAAGUCUAUUGAAGAGAAAAAUUACACAUGAAUAUAUAGAUAAUAAUAAUGAUAUAGAGAAGUAUUAUAAAAAAAGUAGAAAUUAUGAAAAAAAUACAAACAUUGAAAAGAAUCAUAAAAAUAAAACAAAAUUUAUAUCUAGAAAAAUAGGGCAAACAAAAAUAAAUCACUCUACUACAAAUAAAGAAAAAUCCCGUAGAAAGAAUUUUAUGAUGUUUAUACAUAAAAAAUUAACUCAAAAAAACAAGCGAAAAUUAAUAAAUAAACAAAAAUCAAAAAAGCAUGACACCAAAAAGAAAUAUAUAUAUUAAUUUUAAAAAUUCAAACUAAAUUUAACCAUUUAAAAAAAUA